GUCGUCGUGCCGUGCGAUCGUCGCUCCCCAAGAGAGUCUACUUUGUGUUUUCCUAGACUUCCACGGCCCACGGGACGGACGUACCUAGCUCGCACCGGUUGUCUGUGACAUAUAACCUCAAGCAGUAGCACAUCUGCAGGACAAACCGACGAAGAAGAUGUCUAUGCUCUGGUCGUUCUUCGAGAGCCUCGCGCCGACGGUGAGGGCCGAGGAAGAGGAGGAGGCUGAGCUGGUCGACCCGCAGAAAAUCUUACGGGAGAAGUGCUCCGCGACGCAGAAGUGUUCGAAGCUUCAGGAGAAGCUCAACACCUGCAAUGAUCGCGUGAACUCAAGAACCCAGACGGCCGAGACUUGCGUCGAGGAGGUCAUCGACUACAUGAGCUGCAUAGACCACUGCGCUGCCAAGACCCUGUUCCAUCAUCUUAAAUAAACCUGUCGAUAGCACCUAGAAUUUAGAAGAAGCUUCGAUUGAGUUUUAGUUUACUUUUGCCAUUGUCUCUAUUGUAUAUAGAAAGGAUAAAUGAUCGACGGAUUGAAUAAACUGUGCGGACUGAGUCCGCCGAGUCAAUAAUACAAUGCUGAUACAGGAUUAUAAUAAAUCAUAAUAAAAUGUUUAAAAUUAAGG